CUUGCCAACAAUUAUUAUUAUCGUUAUCCAUGGGAAGUUUGCCAUUAAGUACACUUUCUAUCAGUUUUAUCCUCCGGCUUUGACUUCAUGUGGCUGGGUCUAUAAAUCGAUUUAAGUGGAUAGGAGGGAGCAAAGCUUAGGGACAGAGAGAAGGAUGGCGAUAAGGGGAGGCUUCCUGUGCUCCUUGGCAUGCCUCUUGUCCUCCAUUGCUGUCACUGCAGCUCUGGGAAGGCAGGGUGAUGCCCUCGACAAACUCCGAAAGGGAGCUGCUGUUGCUUCGUCUUCCGACUUUGACACGUUCGCCUUCUCCGAUCUUACGUCGAGAUUGUACGCCGAUUCCGGGUCGAAGGAGAACGACAGGAUCGUCGAGCUGCCCGGCCAGCCCGCAGGAGUAGAUUUCGAUCAGUACGGGGGUUAUGUCACCGUCGACGAUCGAAGCGGACGAGCUCUGUUUUACUACUUUGCGGUGUCAGCGGGCAAUCAGAGCAGCUCCAAGCCUCUGCUUCUCUGGCUUAAUGGAGGCCCCGGGUGUUCGUCCUUCGGGAUCGGGGCGAUGCAGGAAUUAGGCCCCUUCCGCGUCAUGAGCGAUGGCAGCACUCUCUACAGGAAUCCUUAUGCUUGGAAUUCAGUGGCUAAUGUGUUGUUCCUGGAGAGCCCGGCGGGCGUCGGCUUCUCCUACUCGAACACCACCUCGGACUACAGCAAUAGCGGCGACAAGAAGACAGCAGAAGACGCGUUCGUCUUCUUGGUGAACUGGAUGGAGAGGUUCCCGGAGUACAAAGGCCGGGACUUUUACAUCGCAGGGGAGAGCUACGCCGGCCACUACGUGCCGCAGCUCGCCUACACCAUUCUCCAGCAAAAGAACCAGUCCGCCGCCGGAGCUGCCAUCAACCUCAAAGGGAUCGCGAUCGGCAACGCGGUGAUCAACGACGAGACCGACAGCAGAGGAAUCUACGACUUUUUCUGGACGCACGCGCUGAUCUCAGACGCCACCGUGGAGGCAAUCCAGAAGUACUGCAACUUCUCCCCCAACGCGGUGGAGGAACCCCCGCAGUGCAUUGACGCUGCGCGUGAGGCCAACCAGGUGACCGAGGAGCUGGACAUCUACAACAUAUACGCUCCCCUGUGCUUCUCAUCCAAUUUGACUUCCCCUCCAAAGAAGCCUUCGAUCGAGGAUUUCGAUCCCUGUACGUCUAUCUACGUCAACGCAUACCUGAAUGAUCCGGAAGUACAGAAAGCUCUCCAUGCUAACAUCACAAGGCUCAACUACUCCUGGUCUUCCUGCAGUCGUUGCAGAAGAUGGUGUCUCCUUCUACGGUCAAGGUCAUCCAUCAUCUCCUUUUCUUUCAACUGCCAUCCAUUAGUGCAGGGGAUGUCACUUCAGGCUGUGGAAUUCUGCAGUGCAGCCAAAAACUGCACAAUCAUAGCAAGCUCAAGGACGAACCUCCUGUGGUCAGAAGUGCAGAUGACAAAAAUCUGGAGAGGGGAAUCAGGUGAGAUGGCCUCAAAAUUAGGAUUCCCUUCACCAACCUCAGGUCCUCGAACAGACUGUCAAAGACAAUAAAUGAACACCCACUUAACUAGGAUUCCCACUGCCCCAUCUAAUGGAAUACUGCGCAACAUCUAUAUGUAUGUAUGUAUUGACUUGGAGAGAUGCUCAGCUCCACCAGCAAGAUGAGAGCACAGCAGCCAUGUGCUUCUCCAUGCUCAUUGUUAAUAAAGCUAGCAUGACCUACAAGCCAAUCAUAAACAACAGAGAGGAUCGAUGUACGCAAACUUAUACGAGAAAGAAAGAUAUUUCGAUCACCCAA